AUAAUAGGUAAAAGGUAAAUAUGUAUAUAUACUUUUAAAAUAUAUAUUUAUUAGGUUAAUUUUCCAACGAAAGUCUUUGCUUGUACGUAUUGGGGUUUUUAAUACUAUACAGUCACCCCUGGUGCUAGGCGGUCUCUCCUCCCUCUCUCCCUCUCCUUGAGGGCAUUUCAUUCCAAAAAAUAUCUCCUGGGAAUUUCUUCCAUCAGCACGUUGCUAAAAACAACUUAGGAGCAGACAGCGCUGCGUUCAGGCUGCGUGUGCCGUGUUUGGAUACAAGCCGCUCAUGCGUCCAUCGAUUUGAGGGAUAGAACGCGGCACAAAUUGCCAAUUGCUUUAUUAUUCUGAAGACUUAAGGUCACGACAAAUCUAUGGGGACACGGUGAGUUCUAAUAAUUCAAAGUGCAAAACGAGGUCUUAAUUCUCAAGUGUUAUUUUUGUCGUAUUUUAUUGUUCCUUACAACUAUCGUGCAAUUGCUGCAAAUUAGUGCAGCCGAAUGCAUGUGUUAAAAAAGCGUAAAAUACCGAGGAAUGGUCAGACACGUGGGUGAAUGUGCGCUGGCGGGACACGUAUUGAUGCUGUUCUGGUGAAUAAGCCUGCGCGUCCUUUAUAACGCGUGCAUGGGAGAACAUUUGCCUUGGGGGCUCCGUGCAUGUCGCGAGUGCGAUUCUCUGUUCUGCUGCAAGGGGAGAGCAACACAACACACCGAGAGACAGGUAAUUUUUUUUAAAUCUGGAUCAACAACCAAACAGAAAAGGAUGCUGCUGUUAUAUUAUAGCUUGCUGUUACAACUUAUCAAGUGCAGCCAAGGAAGUCAAGAAUACAAGGAGGGUGAUGCCCUCCCUCAGAAAAUUCAGAACCUCAUGCGGGGAUAUAACAAGUACCUCCGGCCCUCUUUUGACAAUGGACCAGUGGCUAUCGGCAUGAGUCUCGACAUUGCAAGCAUUGACACCAUCUCUGAGAUUAACAUGGACUACACGGCGACAAUCUUCCUGCGGCAACGCUGGCAGGACGAGAGGCUGUGCUUCGAGGGCAAUAAGAGCCUGAGUCUGGACGGGCGGCUUGUGGAGCUGCUAUGGGUGCCCGACACCUUCAUCGUGGACUCGAAGCGUUCCUUCCUGCACGACAUCACGGUGGAGAACCGGCUCAUACGCAUAUUCCCCAAUGGAACGGUGCUCUACGCCCUGCGAAUCACCACCACAGUGGCCUGCAACAUGGAUCUUACCAAGUAUCCCAUGGACAAGCAGACCUGCACCCUGCAACUGGAGAGCUGGGGAUACAAUACGAACGAUCUGGUGUUCUACUGGACACGCGGAAACGACUCUGUGCGGGGACUCGACACACUCAAACUUGCCCAGUACACGGUGGAAGGGUACUACACCUCUGUUUCUGAGGCCGUCUAUGAAACCGGCCAGUACCCGAAGCUGGUGUUUCACUUCAAACUGCGGCGUAACAUCUUGUAUUUCAUCCUGGAGACGUACAUUCCGUCCGUGCUCCUCGUUGUGCUGUCCUGGGUGUCCUUCUGGAUCAGCCAGUCUUCCGUCCCUGCCAGGAUCUGUAUCGGCGUCACCACAGUGCUUACCAUGACCACGCUAAUGAUGGGCGCGCGCACCUCCCUGCCCAACGCCAACUGCUUCAUCAAGGCCAUCGACGUCUACCUGGGCAUCUGCUUCAGCUUUAUUUUCGGCGCGCUCGUGGAGUACGCCGUGGCGCACUUCCACACGCUCGAGCAGGGACACAUCCACGACAUCCAACGGGAGCUGAAGAAGGAGUUCGAAGAGAGCAACGGGAUGAUGCAGACCCCCGUGACGCGCUGCCCCGCAAAGAUGGUGGACAGCUACGACGGAGGCAGCGGCAGUGGGAAUGGGCACGGGCACUCCUCGUCUCCCGGACACUCCUCAUCUCCUGGGGAACCCAAGCCCAACGGCGCUCCCCAGGGCAUCAACGUGGAAGGGAAGAAGCUGAAGGAGCGGCUGGUCUGCAUCAUGAACUGCUGCACAGUGCAGAACCCACACCACAUCGAUAACUACUCUCGCAAGGCCUUUCCACUCACCUUCAUCGUCAUCAACCUUUGCUAUUGGAUCUACUAUCUCUAUCUGUAAUCCACAUGCGUGCGAAUGAGUGUGUGUACGUGUGUGUAUACCUGUGUGUGUUUGUGGAGCAGUAGCGCAGUGGUUAGUGCACUGUGCUACACACCUAGCGCCUGAGUUCAAUUCCUGGUCUUGGAGUGCAUUAGCGGUGAUUAUCUGAAUCUGUCCUGGGUCAAUUAACCUUAAAUGAGUAUCUGACACAGUGUGGAAAGAUCAGCACUGGGGAGACAAAGGCGGCCAUGCAUGGUGUUGGCUCAUGAACCUGCUGAUUUGACUGUGUAACAAUUGUUUUUUUGUUCCUGGGUAGUAAGUGUUAUUUCCUAAUUGCUUAUGCCUCAAAAGUAUAGAAAAUUGGUAUUAUUCCGCACGAACUUUGCUUUUGUGACCAGGACAGUGAUACUUUGAAAUUUACCUAUUUUCCAGAACAUUCCAGAUCGAUUAAGUGCUUCGUAAACUUGGAGUAACUUCUAGAAUAUUCUAGAACUUUCCAGUAAAAAGAAUAGUAGUAUAAAUACAGGGACAUUAAGCCCACCAGUUCAGUUUAGUUCCAGCUGCCUGAGUGGAUACAUAUCUGGAUUAUUCUGAGAUGGCAUCAAGAGGCUGCAAGCAUCCGGCAGACGCAUUUUGCUCUGUCUGCGACCAAUUUAUCAAGACAAGAGUGAAAAAGUACUCUGUGGAAGCAUCUGCUAAGAUGUGUGAGGCCGACAAGGCAUAUUUCGGCAUGCCUGUCGGGGAUCAAGACAAACCCUGGGCACCUAAUUUCAAUUGCGAGCAAUGCAAAAAACUCUGGAAGGCAAGAUGGACAAUUGUUCCUUUGAAUUUUAUCUUAUAAAAUUUGUAAAAUUGUAAAAGUUUUUAAUUUUAAAAUAUUUUACAAUUUUCAGUGUUAUUGAAAAAAUAUAUCAAGUGUGAAAAAUGUUGCGGGAAUCUCUUAGACAUUAGUCAUGGGUGAAAUAAAUGUAUUUUUGUAGGAUGGUACAGAGGGGAAAAGAAAGCCAUGAAGUUCGCUAUCCCAAGAAUUUGGCAGGAACCCACUGACCACUCAAGCAACUGCUACUUCUGCAUGGUGGACCCUUCCAAAUGUUGGACUGGCAAGAAUGCACCUGCUAUCACGUAUCCGGUCUGUUCGAGGCAAUCGCAAUCGCCUGUAACCAGAAUGAGUGGCGCCUCUUCAUUGACAGCUCAUCCAGGAGCCUCAAAGCCGUGCUGCUCAUUCGAUGCACCUCAAAGAGGAUUACAACAGCAUCAAGACCUUGCUGGACGCCUUUAAGUAUGAUGAGUACGACUGGGAGGUCAUCGGAUACUUCAAAAUGGUGGCAUUCCUGAUGGGUCUCCAAGGCGGUUUCAUCAAGUUUCCCUGUUAUCUUUGCCUUUGGGAUAGCACCAAGGCGUACUACCACAGGCGGGACUGGCCACAGCGGACCGAGUUCUCUGUGGGGAGGAACAAUGUCAAGUAAGAGCCACUGGUGGACCCCCGGAAGGUGCCGAUGCCACCACUGCACAUCAAAUUGGGCCUUAUGAAACAAUUUGUCAGAGCUGUAGAUAAGGAGUCGGCAGCCUUCAAGUACCUUCAAGACUUCUUCGCCAAGCUGUCUGAGGCAAAGUUCAAAGCCGGUGUCUUCGUCGGACCACAGAUAAAGAAGAUCCUGGAGUGCGAUGAAUUCCCCAAGAAGUUCACUAGUAAGGAGAAAGUGGCUUAGCACAGCUUUGUCGCAGUGGUUCAUGGCUUCCUGAGCAAUCACAAGGUCGAAAACUAUGUGGAGCUGGUUGAGACUCUGGUGAAGAACUACGGCAAAAUUGGCUGUAGGAUAUCCCUCAAAGUCCAUAUCCUUGAUGCUCAUCUUGAUAAAUUCAAGGAGAACAUGGGAGCGUACUUGGAGGAGCAAAGCGAGCGCUUCCACCAUGAUAUACUGGACUUUGAAUGCCGCUACCAAGGACAGUAUAACGAGAACAUGAUGGGAGACUACAUUUGGGGGCUGAUUUGUGAAAGUGAUUUACAGUAUAAUCGUAAAUCUUGAAAAACUACUCACUUCUUAAUCUUUUGUACUCAUUUUUGUAUUAUUUUAGUGCAAAUACAAGUACAUUUUGAUUCAUAUGUGUUUUUUCUGACUUUAUGUGAACAAAAAGACACAAAUUCGGCCGUGUUCUCAUUGAAAAUAGGUAAAUUUCUAAAUAUCACUGUCCUGGUCACAAAAGCAAAGUUUGUGGGAAAUAAUAGCCAUUUCUAUAUACUUUUUAGGCAUAAGCAAUUACGAAAUAACACUUACUACCCAGGAACAAAAAAGCAAUUGUUACAUAGUGUUUUCAUCGGUUAUUGCUAACAGCACUUGCCCCAAUGGGCCUUUGUAGGCUAUGGGUUAUCUGUCUUUUUUGUGUGCACGUGUCUAACAGAAAGAGUGACAUCAUUAUGAGGAUUCUGCUCCACAAUGCCAGCAAGAUUAUUGUUGGAUACCUGCCUGUGCACAAUGUCAAUGUCAAUUUGGGUCUGUAUAUGGCCGUGAGCUUCUCCGAAGUAAACUAGGUGGAAAAUUACUUCCUGGAAUAAAGGGGUCAAUACCGGAGUUGGAGACACAAACGCAGGUUGGGGGUUAAUGCUGGCUGCACUAUCCCGCUGUGUGUGCUCUGUUUUGGCCUUCACAGCACUUGCCCGAGGCACGCUAACAGGGGAAUUAGUAUGUCUGUUUACGUCUGCGUGAGUAAACAGCCACUGGCUGUGCGUCAUAACGACCAGGGUAGAUCAGUAAAGCAAUCAGAUAGCUCAGAGUUUGCAAAGAAAGCAGUGUAAAGUCAAUGUGUUGGGAAUACUAACACAGGCAGUUAAGAAUUACAACAGAUGUCAGUCAAAAUAUUGCAACACCUGCAGCAUUAUUCUCACACUAUUAUUUUACAAGAUGUUGUUUGCACAUAUAAUUUAAUGGCAUAGCUAUAUUCAUUUAAACAUCCUGUUAAACUGGCCACAGAUACACAGUUCUUUUCAUCGCCUUUGGAUUAAAGCAUCUGCCUAGGGCUGGGAUAACUUUACCCUAUUCUAUAUACUGUAAAUGACAAAACCAAUAAAGCAGACAUUUGAUGCAUACAAUUUCUGCUCAUUGCAGUGUCCUUUAUUUCACCAGACUUGGGCCAAUUGAGAUGAAUGAUCCCAUUUUUUUUAUUCUAUCUGGGAAAAUACAGCAUUAAAAUCCAGCUGCUUGAUUAUCUUGCGUAAUCAAACAUUGUCAAUAUAUUUGUAUACAAAUCCCUGUGUACACCGUAAGCAAGACAAUUAUGGUACAUGAUCAUAAAAUAGUAAAUCCAUAUAAACACCUUUUCAUAAUUUCGGUAAAUGAUGGAAAACUCACCAGACAGAAAAGUGCGUAAAAAUAAACAAUAAAUAUUUGUCAUUAUUCAAAUUCAGACAACAUGAAUUUGCAUUGUGAGUUAAGUCUAAUUCAGCUAACAUUUAUGUGGAUCUAUUGUAAUAUUGGCGGAAUUGUUUUAAUCUUGAUGGUUCAAAACAAGGCUGUUGUGCAUUAUACUAUACAUGCAGUAUGGUGAUGUCAUGUGGCAUGCAAGGCAUGCUGGCUGAGUUUAUGGCCACGAACAGAUUUUGAUGUCUAGAUACCACUAUUUGUGUGCAUUGUUACACUUUUAGAAAUACAAUAAUAAUGUGUGCCACAUUGGGAUGACAUUGGUAAGUGCUCAUGCAGCAUUCAAAAAACCUUUAUGAACUCAAGGUGAAACUGUGAUCCACUAUAAUGGACAAAUGCUUUCUUUAUCAAUGAACUAAUAAUGAAUGUGCAAUACAAGGUGAGAUAUGUGCAUUAUGAAAACAACAGUAUUGACUCGGUUUGUUUGAAAGACUAAUUAGAAAAUAAAUAUACACAAAACAUACCCAUAGGCCAAGGCCAAUCUGGUUGAGCAAGUAGCUCUUAAUAUAAUUCAGGCAACAGAUGAAAUUUGCAUCGCGAGCUGAGUCUGAUUCGGAGAGCAAUUAUUUAUUUACAUGGCUCCAUUCUAUCCAGGAGGUGGACUCAGCCUGUGAUUUAUAGCACACUAUUGUGCCCUGGUAAUAUGCACAAAUGUCAUCUUGUGCCUACGUAGGAUUUGUGUUUUUUUAUUUUCCUCGGGACACAUUGAUUAAUUUGAAUGCAUCCGUAUGCAUCCGUACGGUUCACUGCAGAACCUUGGCUGCGCGGUGCCACCUUGGUUGAAUAAAGCCACGUUGGCAGGUUUAUAAUGAGUAAAUUGUUGUGUACGACCGUAAUGCGCGAAACCACUGUGCUACAGCUGCCAGCAUGUUGGAAUGGGAUAUAAUUAAAUACCACAUGAUGAGCUGCAGAAUGUGCUAUUAAUUGCCUCUUGGAAGGAAUGAGUAGUCACCUUAAAAUUUAUUUAUAAACUGCCCCAAAGCACGGAUUAGUAUAAAUGUUUCCAUUUAAUUGCAAGAUCGUGAAAAGCUUUCGGUGUACUGUCUAAAACACAUUGUGAAACUUUUGGAAACGUUAUUUUUUUUCAGUACUAUAUUUUUUUGCCUGAAAUAGUCUAUAUGUUGGAAAUGUACAAUUAUGGAAGAAUAAGAAAACAGAAUACCAUGAAUAUUUUCAAACGUACAUUUUGCAAUAAUUAAUAUUAAUGUAAUCUUUAAUUAUUUAGCGAUAUUAAAGCAUUUUUAAAACCGCUGGUUGACAUUUGGUAUGGGAACUAACUUGAUAUCCAUAUAUAUUAAUGAUAUUCAUACUGUGUGUAAUAAUAUUGUAUAUGUAUUUAUAGUAUUAUGGAUAUUCAUAUAAUUAAUAUUCACGUGGAUCGUAUUAAUUAAUUUAUAUAAAAUGUGUACUCAUUAUGUGAAGUUGAUGCACAAAUUGUACUGUACAUGAUAUUGAUUGGAUUAUCACUUGCAUUUCAUUCAAUAUAAAAUCCAAUGUCUGGGGGUAGAGCUGGCUUUAAACAGAAUAUAUUUUAAAUGCCAAUGUAUAGCCCUGGAGUUCAUCUCAGAAGAAAGCGUGUCAGUGUCAACAUCUAUGGAGAGAUGUCCGCCGGUUCCUUUAUAAUGUGGAAGUUUUUAUUUUGCCAGUGACAAGAAUUGUUUUCGAACACCCGAGAAAGUAAAAAAAAUGCACAAUGAAAUUCCAGACUUAGUGUAUUCCCAACCAGUACAGUUACCACCGAAUCAUCAGUGAUUUAUUUUGAAAAAGCAAAUUUCUUCUGCUGACAUUGCAUUACAUUUGACACUGAUUGUCUAGAGACAGGCAAGUUGUCACUAAUGAGCAUCUAGCAACGAGAAAUAUUGAAAAGGACUGACCCCUAUAACGUGCAUGAUACUUAGCCCUGUUUUAAAAUGCUCAUCUCAAGCCAAGCGAAAACCAUUUAUACUACAGCAGUAGAUGCUAUUCCAUGUGACUGGAAAUCAUUGGGUAAGACGCUCGUGCUUGAUGGAAGAUCGCGGGUCACUGAGACAGGUGCUGCAGUGGACAACCAGAGGUUAGUGAUUUUUAUCGCCAACCUCUGGUGGCGAUGGGGAUACUGCCAGAUGGUGGGAUACCGCAAGAGCAGACUUUGAAGAUAGUCCAUAAUAGAGGUUUUUGUGUUAGAUCGCGUAAAUAUAAAUGUGUCGUUAAACCCGCCACUACCCGACACAGCCAAUUAUUAAGGUUUUUCACGUAAACAAAACAUGCCAAUUCUUUAAUAGUUCAGCACACCGGUGUGUUGGAGAGUAAACCCACAACAUUUACAAUUCGAGUACGACGUUUCGUCAGUAAUUACAACAAGCUUCAUCAGGCGGCCAGAUAGAGUUGACACUAUCAGGUGAUCGUGUCAACUGUGCAGCAGUUGCAGGAUCUGUCAGACAGAAGUGAUGGCAAAGAUGCGGUGGCAUCAGUGACAUUGAACUCUUAAUCUUGAACGGAAGGCGAGUUUAUGGAGCAUUCCUUGCCUGCACAAUGAUACUCGUGUUUAAGUUAUUCGGGAUAAGAAAUGUCUUACUUUUUUUAGUGCCACACAAUUACUAUACGUUUUGCUACUGAAAUAAUCCAAAGUAGUAUAGCUCAAGAGUGAGCAACGGAGAGGCUAUAGUUGUUAUUAAUGCUGUGUUCCUUUUCAGAACUCAUAUGUGAACUUUGGAAGGGAUUAGUUGCUUUGCCAGGGCUCUGAAUUGGGUAUUUUGGGAGUUUUUGCAUCCAACUUCAAGGUUGACAACCAAUAUUACUGCGAUAAGAUGCCAGUUGAGCAUGUGGCCACAGUAUUUAACAGAGGUGUGGACUCGAGUCAUGUGACUUGGACUCGAGUCAGACUCGAGUCAUGAAUUUGAUGACUUCAGACUCGACUUGGACUUGCAUAACAAUGACUUUGUCCCACCUCUGAGGUGUGGACUCGAGUCAUGUGACUUGGACUCGAGUCAGACUCGAGUCAUGAAUUUGAUGACUUCAGACUCGACUUGGACUUGCAUAACAAUGACUUUGUCCCACCUCUGGUAUUUAAUGCAGCUUUUCAAUAUGUAUGUUAAAAUUUGCGAUAGUCUAGUGUUUUGUAAUGUUUCUUAUAUGUGUAGUUAUUUCUUAAUGCCUAACUUUUAAUAUGUAUUAAUAAUCAGAUAAUGUUGUGGGCACAUUAUAAAUCAAGAAAAACGUGUGUAACUGUUAGGCGUUAUUUACAAAUCACAUCCAAAAUGUGCGAUUAUGCCAUAUUCUAGGAAUUAUUUAAACUGAUUAAAAAUGUAACACUGUAGUAUACAAAAGUAUAUCGAGUGGUGAACUUCCUGUCAAAUAUUCUGCGUGCACAGUAUUGUCAUAUUUUUAUGUAACCGAUGACCUGCUUUUUGUUGCAGAGUAUGACCUUUGUUUAACGCUGUGAGCUCACACAUUGUCACCAGUAGUCAAUAACAAUUCAGUCUUGCUAGUCUCUCACUGUAUACUUCAAUGCCAUGUUCGCAACACCACUUCAAUGAACGUACAAUUUUGUGACUGUCCUUUCGGUCAUCGUGCUGCCCGACAUACUUGAGAAAAGCUUCGCACAGGAUUUAGUAUUCAAAUUAAAAGACGGUCGUCAUUGGAUCAACCCCCUCUGUGAUCAGAACACUUUCAUAAGCUAACCAAUACUACAGUGGUUUGAUUCCACAACUUGGCACGCAAUUAAAAGGAAAGGAUACUGGCUGUUUGCCUGAAGCUCCUUGCAGGAGUUAAAAGCUGGGGUGAGCCUUUGGUGUAGACACCUGCAGUGGAUGAUUCAUCACCGAGGGAAGAAACUUUUUAUAGAAGCCUGUUUCCUGGAGUUGCUGGCUCAAUGACACUUAAACCUUGUGCAUGUGUGCAAACUUCACUUGAAUGUUUGCCAAUGUGUACCAUCCUGUCUAUACUAUUAGCUUGGAUUUCAGAUAAAUCUGGCCCACGUCAAAAAGUUCUGCUUUCAUAAUCUCAGUGCCGCUUAAAAAUAUAAGGGAUGUGACAUAUUCAAGGCCGCAUUUUGACCAACAGUUCAACUCUUUGAAGCAACACAGCAGUGCCAACAUGUGCCACAUGUAUGGAUAAUGCCCCAAAGUGUGUCUCUGGUGGGUGAGUUGUGUUUUGGAGUGCUAGCUGUUUUACUUUGAGAGAGGAUGCAGGGUUUUCACUCGACGCAUGAUUCUAUAUGUGAUGUGCACCUAAAUGCUUGCUUUGGCUAGCAUGGAAGAGUAGGCCAAAAGCCCUCUAGAGGAGCUGUCGAGAGCUUCCCGUCAUGGAGGCCCUUCCAUCAGAAAUUGCAGGGAUGCACCUUUACACGAAUAUGUUGACUGCAAAAUUGUUUUGGCAAAAUACAGCAACGUUAUUGUAUUUGAAUGUUCAGUUGAUGUAUGUCUCUCACUUUAUGUGCAUCCCAAAAUAAGAUUUAAAUGUUUAUUGUUUGUGUGUGUGCCAACGUGUGUGUAUAUGAGAGAGAAAGAUGCCACUUGUGAUUAAUGUUGAACAUUUAAUUCCAGCAACUCAGUCACCUGAAAGCUUUUUUGGUACAGCAACUUUAAAACAAAUAUCAAUGUUGUCUUUCAAUGCAAGCUGUUUUUAAUCAGUAUAUAAACAUACGGUGAUGUAUUUACAUUUUGCGUAAAAUGUGUUUAUACUGACAAAGAAAUGUAUGUAUUGUAUGUUGAAAUUAUAUCGCACCGUACGUAGCCAACUGUGCUAAUAGGACGUGCGGGCAAGGACAACAACACAACAAAAAUCAGACACUCUGACCUAGGUAACACUAAUAAGACCUGUACAAGUAACGAUAUUCCUUUACAAUGUAACUCGGUUAAAAAAAUAGUAAAUUAUUUAAAAUGAAACGCCUCACUGUCUGGCGUGUAGACACAAACACAUGUUGUGGAUAUGCUUGUCUUCGGAGUGCAACAAUCUGUGCCAGAGGUGAUGUAAGAAAUCAUAUUUGUUCAGUGUUGAGUUUAGUGCGUCCGUGUCACCUUUUUUGCUGGCUAAAGGCAAUGGCAGUUUCCAGUAUGUAGCAUUUAUUUAUUUCGAGAAUGAGGUUAUAAGUGUAUAUGAAAGCCUCGUAACCUACCUUGACAUUGUUGAUCAUUUAUAAACUACAAAACAUCACCACGCUGUAUGGGUAGUGCAAUGUCUCGAUGGCCAUGUCGAUACAACAGAUAUUGAAAAAGGUAGCACAUUACUAUAUUGUAUUUGCAAUCAAGAUAUUCUACGCUCAAGUUCAGUCGACUGUACUGUAUGUUACUGGUAGGAACCUCCUGGUUACACCAGCCCACAGGGGAUUAUUGUGUCCGUCCGUCCGUCGU